AUGGGAGGUCAGGAUGUGAGAGUAUGGGUUGACCGCUGGUUACCCUCCCUCCCUUUGGGGCGUUCUUCUCCGAUUGGUGAGGUUGUGGUGACUAGAAACCUUCGUGUUGAUACUCUUAUUUGUCCACAGUCUCGUGAUUGGAAUAUCAAUUUUCUGCUUCCUUUCCUGUCAGUCGUUGAUCAAGAGGCAAUUGAAGGGUAUCGAUGGUUGCAAUCUCGGUCUUUGAGCGUGAGGGAUCAUCUCCUGCCUUAUGUUCGAUCUAUCCCGGAUGAGCUAUGGAAACGUAUAUGGAAGACGAUGGCUUUCACUUGUUGGUACAUUUGGAAAGCCCAGUGCAAUUAUGUGUUUAACCAGGUGCGUAUCAACCCUUUAAAUGUUGUUUUGGCCAUCUCCAAUGCGGUUGGGUUUUUCUUGGCAGCUUCCAGCAAUUAUGCGGUAAAUGGGGGUCGGGAAAAUGUCGGACAGACUCCAAGCCGAGCUCCCUAUUGGAUUCCUCCUCCACCCCCUUUUACAAGAAUAAAUGUCGAUGCCAGCUGGUUCAAGAUGUCGAGUUCAGGGUUUGUGGGAGUGGUGUUGCGUGACGCUGAGGCGCGUUUCAUUGCAGUAGCUUGGUACCAUAUUCGGGCCCCCUGUGCUGCUGCUGCCGAAGCUUUGGCACUGCUGCGCGGAUGCGAAUUGGGUGCUUCGUUGGGUUAUUCUGAGGUAAUUCUGGAAUCAGACUCUUCUAAGGCUGUUUCUUGCCUCUUAAAUUCUCUGGAAAAUGGCAGUUGGGAGGCUUUUCUUACUUUAGAAAGGGUGAAAACUUUGGGGGAAGCCUUCCAAAACUGUCACUGGUCUUGGGUCCCAAGAUCAGCCAAUAUGGUGGCGGAUACUCUUACGUCGUGA